GCAGGUCGGAGAGCGGAGCCUGGUUCAGUGUACAGUAUCUGGACCGGACCGAGGCGGCAGGAAAUACAUUUGCAAGGCGGAGGAGAUGGAGGACAAAGAGAAAAAGAAGAAGGAUAAAAACUCGUCCAACAGCGACAGAGUCACUCUGAAAAAAGAAAUUGGACUUUUGAGCGCUUGUGCCAUUAUCAUCGGUAACAUCAUCGGCUCUGGGAUCUUCAUCUCUCCUAAAGGAGUGUUGGAGCAUGCAGGCUCAGUGGGGCUGUCACUCAUCGUCUGGGUUUGCGGAGGGGGGAUAUGUACCCUCGGGUCCAUGUGCUAUGCUGAACUGGGUGUCACUAUCCCAAAGUCUGGAGGAGACUAUUCAUACGUGACAGAAAUCUUUGGAGGGCUGGUGGGCUUCCUGUUAUUGUGGAGCGCCGUCCUCAUCAUGUACCCAACCACACUGGCUGUCAUCGCACUCACCUUCUCCAAUUAUGUCCUGCAACCAGCCUUCCAGGACUGCCUGCCUCCAUACAUUGCCACCAGACUCCUCGCCACCAUCUGCAUCUUAUUCCUGACCUGGGUGAACUGCUCCAGUGUGCGCUGGGCAACGAGGAUACAGGAUGUUUUCACUGUAGGAAAACUCCUCGCUCUGGCACUCAUCAUAGUGGUAGGACUCAUCCAAAUCUGUAGAGGUCACUAUGAUGCCCUGAGGCCCAGUGCGGCCUUUGAGUUUCGUCAGGACCCGUCAGUGGGGCAGAUAGCUCUGGCCUUCCUCCAGGCUUCCUUUGCCUACAGCGGCUGGAAUUUCCUCAACUAUGUCACAGAGGAGGUCGUGGAGCCGCGCAAGAACCUGCCUCGUGCCAUCUACAUUUCCAUCCCACUGGUGACCCUGGUCUACACUAUGACCAACAUUGCCUACUUCUCCUCCAUGACCCCUGAGGAGCUGCUGGCCUCCAAUGCUGUGGCAGUGACAUUCGGGGAAAAGCUGCUGGGGAUGUUUUCCUGGGUGAUGCCAAUCUCUGUAGCACUGUCCACCUUUGGAGGGAUCAACGGAUAUCUGUUUACCUCCUCCAGAUUGUGUUUCUCGGGGGCCAGAGAGGGUCAUCUGCCCUAUCUGCUGGCUAUGAUCCACCUAAAGAACUGCACUCCAAUCCCUGCCCUGCUUGUCUGUUGCACUGCCACAAUAGUCAUCCUGUGUAUUGGAGAAAUGCACAACCUGAUCAACUAUGUGUCCUUUAUCAACUAUCUGUCCUAUGGGGUAACCAUCGCUGGCCUCCUAUACCUCCGCAAGAAGAGACCCAACCUAGCCAGACCCAUCAAGGUCAACAUGUUGAUCCCCAUCACCUACAUGAUUUUCUGGGCUGUGCUGCUGUGCUUUAGUCUGUACUCUGAGCCAGUGGUUUGUGGCCUGGGUAUGGUCAUCAUGCUGACCGGAGUCCCUGUGUACUUUGUGGGGGUUAGGUGUAAGGACAAACCCAAAUGGAUCUACAGGCUAGUUGAGAGACUCACAUACAUGGGCCAGAAAGUGUGUUAUGUGGUGUUUCCUCAGGAAGACCCUUCAGAGACUGAACCACUCACUGCCUCCAAAGCCAUUGACUGAGCAGUGCAGUCAACCAGGAAUUCCCUUUUUACACCAACAACUGUACAUCCAGUUUUUGCAUUACAGUUUUUCAUAUUGUUUGGUCAGGUUGUGAAUGGUGAAGAGAUGGUUUUGCCUGUGUUCUCGCAUAGGUGCAGCCCGAAUGGGGCCGCAAUUAAGUCCCAGUAUAAAAGAAGUGGACCGUUAUGUUUAGGGCAUUAGCAUGUUAAGCUCUAAAGCUGGGGCAUGAGUUUUUAUUUGUUGGUUUGGUAGUACUGUCCAUCCAUUCUCCUCACCAGUUUGCCAAGUUUUCUCUUUCAUACAGAUUUUCAUCUCAUCUUCUCCCUUCUACUCACUCAAGGAUCUUCCAUCUGCCAUUUUCUGCUUCACCUCCAAGAUCUUCAUAGUAGUUUUAUUACCUUAAAUCUUUGUGCUAAUGUGCCUUAUGAAAUGUAUGUGUUGGUAUAUAGUAUUGGUUUGUGCGGGUAUUUUGAGUGCAUAAUAACUUUUAUGAGGUAAAUAUGCAAGCAGUUUCUGCCCUUAGCAAUAUUUCUCUACUACUGCUGCUAUCUCCAGCUCUGUUUCACUAAUUGCUCACAUGUUGUUUACUGUUUGUCAACUGUGGAUGAGUAGUUUUCUGUCUGUACCUCUGCCUAGCUACAGUACCUGGCCAUUCUUUUUACUUUACACCCCCUGUUCUCUCUUGUUAUAUCACUACUCUCUCUUGAGAGAUACUGCAGGUGCCUUCAUGUUGUCAUUAGAGAGGUGUCGUCCACAAUGACACUCAUCUUUCCCAGCAAUAUUUACAGGACAGGAGAGACAGGAGGGUCACAGUUUGCGACUUCUGCUUGAAGAAUGGUCAAUUCUCUUUGCAUUGUUACAACACGUGAUGACAGGUUGUUCUUCCAGUUUUUAAUGUUCACCAGUCUCUUUGGUCUCUGAGUGGAAGAUGCAAGCCUCUGGCGCUUUGGAAACGAUCGGAUCUCUGGGAAUGCCACUGUGAACUCUCACGAGGUGCUUGACCUGCCAAGACAGUUGUUAGAUUUCCCAUAUCUCUCCUGCUGUUAUGAUACAGUACCUACCAUAAACAUGUUGUUGGGCAACAUUAGCAGAAACCAUAUUUACAGAUAGGUGGAUGUUUGGCAGUGGAUGUUUACUUGUGCAUGGGCCCGCUCCCACUUCCCCAAAGACACAUCAACACUGCAAUAACCCCAUGCCCAGUGACUUUUUAUAGAUAAACUGACUUAUUGUGAUACUAUUGAUAUAAAGUGGUUGAAAUAAUCAUAGUCCCAUUGACCUGCAUGACCACUUUCUGUUGUCCAGUUGACAAUAUAUUGACUUAUGGUAGGGUUAUUAUAAAUUUAGUAAGGAGAUCAAUUUGACCAAAAUAAUUUGGAGUCAACUUAGUAUUUCAGUUGGGUCAUAAUAACACAGUAUGCUAAUUUACUGUGGUCCCAGAGAUAUCGGUGUUGACAUGUAUUUGAGUAAUCUCUUAUAGUGCUUGGGUAUGAGCUGUUUAUGUUGUGCAUAGAACAGAACAUAUGAAGGGUUGGCCUUUUUAACAUAGUGUAAACCAGCAGGUUGACACUUUUCUAGGCCAGCAGGUGCUGGGAAUUUGCCCCUGCUUCAAAUCCACAGACGCACACUUAUAACACGCAUGUCUGUCCGCAAUGUCCAGGCGUUGGUAGCUCAGUUGAGAUCUGUAAAUACUGUGUAAAGGAAAAAAAAACAAAAAAACACUGUUAUAAAUGCGCCACGGACUCCUACAAAGAUCAUUCCACAGACAUGUUGUGAUACAUACUGUACAAUUGAUGGGUGUACCUCUGUGUUUUGUAAAAGAGUGUAAAGUUGUACAAGAAUAACAAUGUAAUUGCUUAUUAAA